AACAACCAGAAGACACGUGGAAUGCAUCCCGGUCUUGUCCACGUGUCACAAUACCUCGUAUAAAGAAGAAAUGAACACGUUUAAAAACAGAAAGAACAGAUCCCUCAAUUUUUCCAUCGGCGACUCUGGAAAUUGGCUGCAAUGGCGUACGUCGAACGAGGCGUUGUGAAGUCACAGAAAUCCUUAUGGCGACUGAAGACAUUCACAGACUUCUUUUGGGCAAUCAUCAACUUGAUUUCCGUGUUCUUUGCUACCAUGUUUUCAAUGGAAAAAUCAGAUGCUUAUCGGAAAGGGUCGGGUGGUAGCAAGAAAUGGGACGGCGGAGGACCUGGAGGUCCUGGAAGUGGACCAUAUGGCGGUGGGCCGCGUGGGCCACCGAGAGGAGGACUAGACAACGUUCGAGGACUGAGGGAUGUUCGUGGGGGUGAUCACAGUUCCUUGCCUGCUUGUGGCUCCUGCUGUGGCUAAAUGGAGAGUGAUGCUUUCCUCUUUUUGAUUUCUGGCGAAUGCUUCAUCUUCUUCUUCUUCAGUUUGGAGAACGUAACGUUCUCUGAUAUGUUGGAGCGACAUGUAUAGAACUCAAACUAUAUACUCUGCCUGUCUAUUUUGAUGUAAAAGUUCUUAUUUUCGGCAUAACUGCUGAUUCGAUUGAAGAAAUAGAUAAUCAGCGUCCUUUGUACUUAUUUUGGUGUUUGUGUGUGGAACCGUGGGUAAUUUGAUUCAAAUUUUUUAGGCCAAGCAUUAGCACUAACACAUUGAAAUUGAGAUGAACCAUUCAACCCAAUUACCUCGAAUUCGGUCCAUCCUGAACGAGAAGCAGAAAACCAGAAAGAGGAGAAAGCACCAAUGCCAGCGAGUGGGAUAGUGCAGAACAGAGGAAAAAAUGAAAUAGCAAAACAGAG